AUGUGGUUGUCCGACGCGCAGAAAAUUGGUGUGGCCCUCACGACCUUCGGGACAUUAUUCAUGUUCCUAGGUGUCAUGCUGUUCUUCGACGCUGCUUUGCUAGCGCUAGGAAAUAUGCUCUUCUUGUCUGGUCUCACCUUGAUUAUUGGCCCUCGAAAGACAUUUGACUUCUUCGCGAGGAAGCAGAAACUCCGAGGGACCGCAUGCUUUAUUGGUGGUAUUGUGCUCGUGUUCAUGAAGUAUGCAUUCAUUGGAAUGAUCGUCGAGAUAUUUGGCUUCUUGAACCUGUUUGGCGACUUCUUCCCCGUGGUUGUGACAUUCCUCCGUCAAUUACCCUUCAUUGGCAACCUAUUGUCGCUGCCAUACAUUCGACCUAUUGUGGAUCGCGUAGCAGGCUCGAGAACAUCGGCUGUGUGA